ACCUCUAUUAUCGAAUGGAAAAAUAAUGUUAAUUCGCUUAAUGUGUGGAUUAAUUCUAAUUUUAAAGGUCCACCGGAUGCCAUCCUUGGUGUUACCGAUGCCUUCAAAAAGGACACUCAUCCCAAAAAAAUGAAUUUAGGUGUUGGUGCAUACAGGGAUGACAAUGGAAAACCAUAUGUUUUGAAUGCCGUUAGAAAAGCGGAACAAAGGAUUAUCCAAGAUAAACUUGAUAAAGAAUAUCUACCUAUUACUGGUCUUCACUCUUUCACCCAAGAAGCUGCACUUUUAGCAUAUGGUAAAGAUUCUGAGCCAUUACAAGAAGGGUUGAUAGCGGUUACUCAAUCUAUUUCGGGUACUGGAGCUCUUCGGAUCGGUGGCGUAUUCUUAAAUCGUUUCUAUCCUUAUCAAAAAAAGAUAUAUUUUCCAACUCCGACAUGGGGUAAUCAUGGUGCUGUAUUUAGAGAUUCGGGUUUUGAAAUCGCCCAAUAUAGAUAUUUUGAUAAAAAUACCAAUGGUUUAGAUUUCGAAGGUUUUAUGGAAGAUAUCCGG